AUGUCCAAGUGCGGCAAGGUUAAAAAUCCCUGCAAAAUUUGUUUGGGACCCGUCACCCCUAAGAACGGAUUGCAGUGCAAAGGUGCUUGUAAAACAUGGAUGCACUUCGAAUGUUUGAACUACACUCCUGGAAAAAUUAAAGAUGUAAAGGCCGGAAUUAUUAAAGUGACAUGCCCUUGCCCCGAUUGUAAGACUUCCGAACCAAAAGAGUAUCGUACAGAUCAACCUUACAGUUGCACCAACAUACAGUGUCCGGCUAAUAGACCAGCUAAAUGUGAUAACAAAGAGUGUCCAACAAACAAAACACCAGACAAAAUAAACCAGACAUCAACGAAUUUAAUACCAACUUGUCCAUUAUCAAAGUGCGGCACAGAGUGCAAGAAAAAUAGCCAUCCCCAGUUGCCAAAUCAACCACCAAUGAUCAGCAAACCUUGCGCACCUCCUUCUUCUAUUUCAGGCGGGAGUGUUGAGAUAUCACCAACACCAAUACCAGCACCAAGCUCAAUAGAAGACCCAGUAUCAGGUGAUACGAUAAAACCACUACCAAGAGCUGACUUAUCUUCAUUGGGAACUCUUCAGCAAAUGUGUCGAACUGUUGGCCAGUUGGCAAAUCAAAUAAAUCAUUUAAUGAAUAAAAUGAAGCAGGUAGUAAACGACCCAGAGGGACCAGGAUUUACAAAAGAGAAAAAGACAACAACUUCAUCAAGUCCACCGACGCCACAGGGUAAUAAAACUAACUGUCCAAAACCUUGUCACUGUCCUGGAAAUCCUAAUCGCAAGAAAUAA